ACGACAGGCUACAAUAGAUAGUCCAUCAAAUAUUUCGAUUUCUGACACCGCUAUAACUGAGCAGUCGAUGUCUGAGAAGAUAGAAUCUAUCAUGCCGACAAACUUUACGAACAUGAUAUUUAAUGAGUCGACGGCGCAAGUCGCAAAUAUGUCGAAUCAAAUCGACAGAACUGACAAUGUAUUAUAUAUGUAUGGAGUACCGCUGCUAAUUUUCUUCUGUGUCAUCUCGGUAGCCGUAAAUAUCAAGGUUCUUAUAAGCGCAUUUUGGAUAAAACGCCCGAUCAGUCCGACGUUGUACAUCAGUUUAAGUUUAGCAGGUGCAGAUGCUUUUACCAGCAGUGUAUUAGGCGCAGGACUCCUUAUGAAUAGUUUGAUACCCAAUGGACUUGAAAUUAAAUUGAUAGGUGUGGAUUGUUUUUUAUUGGUACUCGAAGUUGUGAGAUUGGGAGGAGUGAUAAUUACCGUAUUCCACCUAAUGGCUUUAGCUGUCAAUCAUUACCUGGGUAUUCUUAGACCACUCCACUAUCUUUCGAUUUUGACAUACAAAAAUACUACAACUUUGUUGAUUCUAUUGUGGGUGCUACCAAUUUCUUUUUUCGCCGUGUACUUUAAUGUAGUUGAAGGCGACGGUUUUCAAUCUAAAGAAUGCAAAGAAAGCACAUUCUUGGCUCACAAAAAAUUUCGAAUGUUGUUCAGUUGUCUUUUUUUCGUGCCCUUUGGUCUGAUGGUUUGCAUUUAUAUACACAUAUUCUGCAUAGUAAAAAAACAUCAAGCCACGAGAAUGCGCUUUCGUACAGCUGGUUUUUCGAUUCGUAGAAGAACAGCGGAAGCAAUGCGCAACAGUUCUAAUCACAUGACACGGAACGUCAAAGCUAUUCAUACAACUUUAUACAUACUUGGAAGCUUCCUAAUCGGCUGGAUGCCUGCAGUAAUAAUCUUCAUGUUGGUCUGUAUCGACUGUAUGUUCCAAUUAAAUGUAUCGAAACAGAUCGAAUUCCUCAUUUAUGCCGUAAUUAACGGUCUUAUUAUCCUGAAGACUUUGAUCAAUCCCAUUAUUUAUGCAGCCAGAAUGCACGAGAUUAAGGUCGCCACGAGGCGAAUGCACAAUGCUUUCUGCGAAUGGAUAACGCUCAAUCAUUUUACCACCAACCGAGGAAUCAGCAGAAUGUACAGCAGCGAGGAGAGUAAGCAGUCGCAAUCAAGGACCGGUACGACCGGUUGUCAAUUAUUUCAUAAUUUAAGCGUCCGAAAAGCGCGAAACGGAAGCACGUACAUAUGUACGGGUAACAAUGCGCAGGAAUACGGCAAUACACUCGUGUAAGUCAGAUGAUAUGCACUGAGAAAAAAAGU